AUGGCUAAACUUCAACAUCCAACCACCUUGUUGGUGAUGGUUGGCUAUUUGAUAGUCUUUCUAUGUAGUUUCUUGUUACUUUCGAAUAGUAUCACUUGCAUGUACGAUGAUUUUCAACAAAAUUCUUGGGAUCAAGUUCCUGUUCAAACCAGAGAAAUGAUUUCGAAUAUUAAUUCACAACCAUCAGCAUCUUGGCAAGCCGUUGAAUAUCCUCAAUUUAAAGGUAAAAGUUUGGCUGACAUGACCAAUUUACUUGGUGCUUUGAAUGUCAAUGAAAACGAUUUGAAAGGAGAAGUCAUGGAUAAAGAUAAUAGCACUAACACUCCUUUGAGCGAUUCAAGAUAUUUAACAAUUUUACGUUUGCAAGAUUUUCCAACUCAAUUCGAUGCUAGAGAACAAUGGCCACAAUGCAUUAGAUCGAUUAAAAAUCAAAAGAAUUGUGGAUCUUGUUGGGCAUUUUCUGCAAGUAGUGUUUUGGCUGAUAGAUUUUGUAUUAAGAGUGGAGGAAAGGUUAAUGUCGAUCUUUCUCCUCAAUUCAUGGUUUCAUGCAGUGGACAAAACAAUGGAUGUAAUG